AUGGCUCGGUCGGACGAAGCGCAAGCUUUCUUCCACGCCGUUUAUUCCGCGGCUCAACAGAUACCGUACGGAAAGGUGACGACGUAUGCACAUAUUGCAUAUCUCGUUGGCACACCUCAGAGACCGAGACAAGUUGGUGUCUGUAUGAAGCAUUUGCCACAAGACGAGACUGCGAGGUUCAACAGCACAAAUGUGCCGUGGCAGAGAGUGAUCAACUCCAAGGGAGUGGUGUCACCAAGAUCGCAGCCUUCAGGUGCUGCGAAUCAAGCCCGUGAGUUGCAAAGGGAAGGCGUUGAAGUGACAAGAACCGCAAUGGGAGAGUAUACAGUUGACUUGGAGGUGUAUGGGUGGUUUCCCGAAGAACUCACCGAGGAAGAGUGA